AUGGUUGAAAUAGACGUAAAUAAAGAGAAUGAAGAGGAGCCCAACUUCUCUGAUCCAGAGGACUUCGUCGAUGACAACUUGUCAUGGACGUUUUGCGGCAGAAAACCUUCAAUAAUGGACGAGUACGAAGAGUGCUGUUUGAUUAUUUUUGGGCUUCCUAUAGUUGGUCCUGAGAGAGUUGCUAAGUUACGCACUGUGCUUAGCAAAGUCUUCACUAAUGUCGAGCCAGAUCACAAAGCAUAUUUCCCACCUUCGGAGGAUGGAGGAAGCAAGGCAAGUUUAUCCGAAACGGUGAAAGCAGAAUACGCAAAAGGUGUUCUCAAUGGAUACAAGCUGGACAAAAAUCACGUCUUCUCCGCCCUACUCUUCAACGAAGCUCGAAGUUUCCAAAAACCGCCAGAGGACUGGCAGCCACCCAAACCGAAUCCUUAUAAUGAUGUGGGGGAUCUUUGGUGGUGGAUGCAACAUCCUCGAUGUCGCGAUCAGUUCGCAGUACAGUACGAAAAGGAUGGCGUACCAACUGUGGCAUGCUAUUGGCACAUAAAGGGGCAUGACCCUGAAAUUGCUUUCCAUGUCUUUGCUGGUGAACAAGGAAAAGCUGAAAGAGCGUCCUGGACUGAUACCGUCUUUAAAUGGUCACCUCAUGGCUCUUAUUUGACCACUAUUCACAAACGUGGAGUGGCCCUGUGGGGAGGACCAGAGUUCGCGCGAGUCCAACGAUUUGCCCACCACAACGUGCAGUUUAUCGAUUUUUCUCCUUGUGAAACGUAUUUGGUGACGUAUGCUGAAUCUGCUGAGAAAAAUCACUGGGGUGAUGACGAGGACUGUCUUCGUAUCUGGGACGUUGUGACCGGAGAAAUGUUGAAGGGAUAUUCUCUCUAUGCGCUCACGAAUCGCGAUCAGUUGCCUUGUUGGCCUUUCUUCCAGUGGUCUUUCGAUGAGAAAUAUUUCGCUUGUUUGAAAGCUCCAGAAAAGGACAAACUCGAGAAGGAAAAGAAGGUCAAUGGUAUUUCUGUCUUUGAAACCGAGAAAUUCGCGUUGGUCGAUCAUCGCAACAUCAUUGUGGAAAAUAUCAAGACCUUCCAGUGGUGCCCUACGCAAAACAUUCUCUCCUAUUAUGCUGAAUGCACGGACUCUCUUCCUGCUGAGUUUGGAUUGGUGCAGAUGCCUAACCAACAGAGGCUGAGGUCAGGACGUAUUCAUAACGUUGCGGAUGCUCAAAUGUUCUGGCAGAAGAGUGGUCAACGUCUUGCAGUGUACACUAUGAGGUACUCGAAGAAGCAAAUGAAAGAAGGUGGUGAAGUGAAGUAUGUAGGAGGAUGUACGUACCAUUUGGAAAUCUUCGAAAUUGACAAGAAAGAUGUUUCUUUGAUGAAUCUGCCACUUCCUGAACCGUUCAUCAACUUUGGUUGGCAGCCUUACGGCGAAAAGUUCUGUGUUCUUACUGGAAAUCAGGCGAAAGUAACACCUUUGGUAUAUCGUCUUGAACCUAAUAGUCAUGCACCCAAAUUGAUGAGCAAAUUGGAUCCAGGUGUUCAGUUCAACGAGGUGUCGUGGGCUCCUCAUGGUGGAUGGUUAGCUAUACUGGCGAAACGGUCGAAUGGUGGUAAUGUAAUGUUUGUCGACACAACCUUGCAAGAAGCCAAGCGCACAAAUGUUGUAGAGCACCCAGGCUUUAAUAAGGGAUACUGGGAUCCAACAGGUCGAUAUUUCGUGACAUGCUCGACGCUCGGAGGAAGAAUAGGAGCUGAUCUUGGUUUUAGGCUAUAUACUUUCCAGGGUCGAGAACUCUGCCGGAAAGCACUGGAACGUUUAUCCCAGUUCAAAUGGCGUCCCCGUCCACCCGUAAAAUUAAGUGAACAGAAGUUGAAGGAGAUCAAGAAUAACCUGAAGAAAACAGCGGUUCGUUUCGAACGUGAAGACAACGAAGAGAAGAAUAGGGCUAGCCAGGAAGUUAUUGAGAAGCGAAGAAAGAUAAUGGCAGCAUUCGAUGUGAUUCGCCAAAGAAAUCUCAAGAAAAUCGCGGCUCAGCGUGAGCUUAGGAUAUCGCUUAGAGGUGGUACGGAUACUGACAACAAGCAGGCUGAAGAGCUCGUUGAAGAGCAAAUUAUGGUAGCACUCGAUACGCAAAAGACAUUAGCACCGUUGGGAGAGGACGAAUUGGACUAG